UGCAGCUGGUCGCGUCAUCGGGGAGGGGACUCUCAUUUCUUUGCAUUGAAUUUGGCGUCGAGCCAGUGAUUCAAGGUUGUGUAUUCUUGACUUACGCAUAUUGGUAGUGUCUGCAGCGGGUCAGCGAUGUCUGCGGACGCGCGGCGUCCGGGCCGCGCCUGCGGCCAAACGGCCCGGCCCGAGACGGUCACGGAGAAAUCCUUCAUGGAGUCGGUCACUGGAAUCAUCAAUGAGGUGGUUCCCUCGAGCUACUCUCACCAGUCGUCGGGCGCCGACCACCGCGAGACGGUGCAAUGGGCGCGCUUCGAGCACUGUGACGUCAAUGACAUCUGCAGCUACACGGAGCAGAUGGAGGCCAACGGAAAUGUGGCGCCGCUGGUACUCGUCAUCGGAUACACCACUGGCGUACAGGUGUGGCUGCUGCAGGGUAACGGUGAGGCGCACGAGGUGCUCUCCUGGCGCCAGGGCGUGGCGCGUGACGCCCGCCUCCUACCCUCUCCCGAGACCGGUAUGGACGACCUGUACGUUCAGAAGCGGCCUCUGAUGGCCGUGUGUGACGCCGCCGGCAGUGAGACCCAGUUCUGCUCGGUGGGACUCAUCAGUCUGAGGACCGGUGAACAGGUGAAGAGCGUCAAGUUCAAGUCUGCGAUCAGCGCGGUGCUGGCCACCCACCGGGUGAUGGUGGUCACCUUCCCCGGGAAGCUGGCGGUGUUUGACGCCGGAACGCUGGAGGACCGGUUCACAGUCACCACCUGUUACCCGGCGCCAGGAGUGCUGGACAACCCGGUGGCGCUGGGACACAGAUGGCUGGCGUACGGGGAGAAGCGCCUCACGGGCUACCUGCAGAGUCGCGGCGGUAUGAACGCCGAGUCGUCCCACAGCUACACGGCUUCAAUGCUGCACGCCGCCAAAUCCAUCAGCAAAGGUAUCCGUGAGCUCGGUGAGGGCCUGGCCUCCACCCUGGCCGGCGGCCGGUACGCCCCGCCCGUCUCCCCGGCCGCCGGAGCCGCCGCCAGCAGCAAUGGAGCGCCCCAGCCGGGUCUGGUGACCGUCCUGGAUGUACUGGCCACCGGCCGCGGCGGUCCGAACGCGCCGCCGGGGCACGGCGUGGUGGCGCACUUUCAGGCGCAUCUGUCGGCAGUGGUUCAGCUGUGUUUUGACGCAUCAGGCACACUGCUACUCACCGCAGACAAACCGGGGAACAGUUUCCAUGUGUUCCGGAUACAGCCGCACUCCCAGCGUCCGGCGCUGGCGACUGUACACCACCUGUACACCCUGUACAGGGGAGAUACCACCGCCAAGGUGUUGGACCUGAGUUUCUCUCUGGACAGCCGCUGGGUGUCUGUGGCCACCCACCGCGGCACCACACACGUGUUCCCCAUCUGCCCGUAUGGAGGUGCCAUCAGUACCCGGACCCACUGCGGGCCUCGGGUGGUGAACAAACUGAGCCGCUUCCACCGCUCGGCCGGACUGCAGGACUCCACCUGUCAUGGCUCUGGCCGCAACUCUCCGCUGUCGCCGAGGACCCGAGAGGCAUCCGGGGGCGGAUCGCCGGGCGGAGGACCGGCGCCCGUCCUGGUGCCGCCCAUGGCGCAGCUCAGACAGCCGCUGCUCACCCAGCUCACCGCUGGCUCAGGACCGUCUCCGCGCCACUCUCCUACCGCUCGCCACGUGCCCACGGAUGACACGUCGCACGUGCGCGUGGUGUGCACGUUCGCGCCUUCCCGCGGCUGGGUGGCCGGCUCGGCGGGCGGCGGCGGCGGCGGCUCGGCCGGCUCCCGCGAGCGCCGCCACUGGGACGCCCUCUACGUGAUGUCGAGCGGCGGCAGCCUGAUCGAGUACCACGUGGAGCCGCGCCCGGCUGGAGUGAUCGCCAAGGACCGAGUGCCCGAGGACGCGCCGGUCGAGGUCACGGUUCACGCGCACGCCCAGUGGUCGCUGUGUCGCCAGACGGUGUGGCCCGAGGUGCGGCCUCCGCUGGCCACCGGCAGUGUACUGCUGCACACCCCGACCCCGCCGGCGCCGCCCACACCGCCGGCCGGAGCCGAACAGUGGGUCUCGCAGGUGGAGAUUCUGAGCCACUCGGGCCCCCACCGGCGGCUCUGGAUGGGGCCGCAGUUCUCGUUCCGACCCUUCUCAGACUCGGCCGGAGGUGCCUCUGAGGGCCGCGACCUGCUUAGCGCAGCCCGCUCCAGCCCGGUCAACAUGCCCGCCCAGCUGGCCUCUCACAGCAUCGAGUGCGGCUCGGCCAACAGUUACGAGCAGUCGCCGCGUCUGAUUGACGCCCUGGACACGGACAGUGACCGACACGAGUCGCAGCUCUGUCAGAGGAUCGCCGAGGCCAUGUCGGAUCUGGGACCGCCGGCCGUGCUCGAUGACUGCAGUCGCCGCCGGCGCCGCCGUCGCAGCGACUCGGCCCGCAGCUCGGCCUCCAGCAGCAGCGUGGACGUGCGCCUCUCCCCGGAGCGGGGCGGCUCGCCGCUCGACUUCUCCGAGUACGAGCGGGACGCGCCGCCGCCGCCGCUGCAGCCGCACCUGCUGGACGAGCCGCUGCCGCCGCCGCCGUCCGGUGUUCCUCGGGAGGAGGACGAGGAGCCGGACUCGCCGCCACCCCCGGCUGAGGACUGGCCGGAGCCGGCGCCGCCGCGCCGCCGGCCGCCGCCGCCGCUGCCCCCGCGGCCCCGCGACCCGUCACCGCCGCCACUGAGCGACGGAGAGGACUCUCCGGCGGCACACGAGUUCCAUACGGCCCGCUCCAGUGACGAUGACUCGUCGCCGCCGCCGCCGGCGCCGCGCCCCCUCGAGCGCCAGCCCAGCUGCGGCUUCGAGGGAGGUGAGCAGGUGUAUGACCGCGAGCGGGAACAGGAGUCCGGCUGGGGCGACGAUAUCCUGUGUCCCGACCUGGCCGCAGACAGCAGCUCGCGCUCGGCCAGUGACCGCGAGCGGGCCGAUAAAACCAGCGACGAGGAACGGCCGACCGUCACAGUCACCAAACGCAAGGGAAAGAAGAAACGCCGAUGAUGUGGGGAAGGAGGAUAGGGUUGUGAUUGAAAGGACAUUGGCGAAUGGUGCGUUAAUUUGUUGGGUGGGAUAGAGUGCAUGACAGCUACCCCUUUGAGGCAAUUAGCGCACCGUGCUGAUGUUUACAGAGACAGUUUGAAUUGGGUGAUAAUUGCGUCACGAGAGAAGAGUUCUGGUGAUAUUAGAGCGACUGGGAACACUAGCUGUAGCACCGUGCGCUCUGGAGAGGCCACCGCCUUCGCUGCCCGGGCGGCUCUAGAGUAGACACCGCGCGUCGGCCUCUGCGCCGUGACUGUGGGCUUUCGGAUCUAUCACUGCGGCUUCUGAGGGUCGCGCCAGGCCAGCGCGAGGUGCGGAGUCGGCGGGGCCCGCUCCGACGAGGGGUUUGGUGUCGAGAAGGUACUGCUGGGCUGGCCCGGAAGAUUGAGAGGCUGGUAGGAGGAUAUAGAUUAUAUGCGUGCCCGGAGUGGUAAUGGUUGGAGAUGGAUGGGGGGGGGGGUGAUCGCGCCUAGGGGGGGGGGGGGUCAGUCGGCUAUCGUAGAAUCCGGCGCUGAGAUGGAGUAGAAGCGCGAGUCACGAAACAGGGACUCGAGGAAGAGUAAGGAGCCGGUCUUAUGGAGAGGUAGUAGGUAUAGCGGGUAGAGCGAGUCAUUGGCCGAGCGGGAGAAAGAGUGAACGGGUUUCGCUCAGGUCAGCCUUGUGUGAGUGCAUUCCUAAAUGUUGAAUCGAGAGGCAUACUGGGUGGUGGGUGUUUUGGGUGAUAAACAAAAAUAUUGAUUAUGGUAGCAAAUUGGCAAGAUCUUAUAUGUAUCGGCCGAAAUCUCGUCGUUGUAUCUGUCAAAAAAUACGCUUAAGAUCUAUGGAGUAAAGAAAGGAUCCGAGCGCGGUUAGUGUAGCAGUGAAUAUGAUGAGACUGUCGGAGCUCGGUGCCAUCGUAACUGAUUGUGGCAUAGUGUUCUGUGUCAUCAUCGGAGGCACAAUGUAUGUUUCACCUUCAGUCGAGAGAAUCGUGCGUUGGUGCUUGACGCUUGCGAAAGCUGCCGUUCUGGGCUGGCGAACUAGGGCGUGGCGUGCAGAGAAUAGCAGUGUCGUUGCUAUGGCAACGCAUAUCAUGGCGUUCAAAACUGCGUGCGCGUGCGGUAGUUGGUCACUACGCCGCCUAGAUGAGCGAGCUUGGUGUCUUACCGGCCGCUGCUAGGGCUGGCGUGCGGCGCCGCGCCGCGCCGGGAGUUUGCUUUUCCUGUUCCUGUUCGCUAACUUAUCGCAUUUGGCGUUUUUAGAUCCGCCGAGAGAGUCUUAUUGCUCGUAUGCCGUUAUUUUGUGUUCCAAUUAUGGAAUGUGACACCGAAGUGUUACCUGGUAAAUCAGAGGUCGGGCAUCUACGUCACAGUCUGUCUGUCUGUACGCUAUAGCGUUGUGUCUUUAAACUGCACGGGAACCUCGAUUUGAAACGAUGACAAUAAAUAUGGAUAACUGAUA